AGGGUCCAGCUCAGAUGGGAAAUGUUCUCUGAGAGUCACGGACAUCCUGUGCAAGAACAUGAAGCACCUGUGGUUCUUCCUCCUCCUGGUGGCAGCUCCCAGAUGGGUCCUGUCCCAGGUGCAGCUGCAGGAGUCGGGCCCAGGACUGGUGAAGCCUUCGGAGACCCUGUCCCUCACCUGCGCUGUCUCUGGUGGCUCCAUCAGCGGUGGUUAUGGCUGGAGCUGGAUCCGCCAGCCCCCAGGGAAGGGACUGGAGUGGAUUGGGAGUAUCUAUGGUAGUAGUGGGAACACCUACUACAACCCCUCCCUCAAGAGUCGAGUCACCAUUUCAAGAGACACGUCCAAGAACCAGUUCUCCCUGAAGCUGAGCUCUGUGACCGCCGCGGACACGGCCGUGUAUUACUGUGCGAGAGACACAGUGAGGGGAGCACACUGCGUUAGCAGAAAGGAAUAAAUCAUAUUCCUUCAUCUCCCUCACAGCCCAAGAUUCCUGAAG